AUGGCUCAAAGAAAUUUAAUUGUUUUUAUCCAUUCCGAAGGGUCCCUUUUCACAGAUCCAAGUGAGAGAUUCUCAUUUUGCAAUACGAAUUUAACUAUGUUCAAAAUCCACAUCAACUCCGACUUUCAUCAUUUAAAAGACUGUAUUGAAAAAAAGUUGCAACGUUAUGUUAAAGACAUCAUUUAUCGUCAACCAUUAUUUAAUGGAGAUGAUAAUACCGUCUUUUACAUAAUGACACCCAUUGAGACCGACGAAGAUGUCAAGUCGAUGUUUCAAUGUCAUGUAACAUUAUCUCAAUUACCCACCAUUGAGAUAUAUGUUCGUCUAGUCGAUAAUCUUGAAGAACAACCGAGUCACAAUGAAGAUGUUGAAGAACAACCGACUCACAACAAAAAACUCGGUUAUCCAACGCAAUUUGUACAGUCACACGACUAUGGAAUGAGUCAAGCCAUUGACGAAGAGCCGACUCAAAAUAAUGAACCUUUCAUACCAAAUGAAGAGGUAGGCGGGAAUAGUGAGGAUGAUCUUGAGGAGGUUCGAUUUGAAGAUAUAUUUGGUGUUAGCGAUGACGAUGGCAAUGAGGACAUAUUCGACACACCGACCGUUGCCCUAAGAGCGCAACCAAUUAGUUUGUACAACCCACCUGCGCACAUGCAAAACAUAAGUUUGGAUGAUGCUGAACCAAUCUCCGUUUUUGGCAGUUUCAUACCAACUCACAAUUCUGACGAAAUAGAGGAGGGCAUCGAGUAUGAAGAUAAGGAAGAGUGUGUUCUGGCGUUGCAACAAUGGCAUAUAAAAUGUAGUCUAGAUUUUUCUGUGGUUAAAUCUGACAAUGUACGUUUUGUCAUCAAAUGUAGAAACUCAACAUUCAAUUUCAAAUGCAGGGUCUCUUUGCGUAAGGGCAACUCAAGGUGGAAAGUUGGUAAGUCUGGUGGGCCUCAUACGUGCACAACCACUUCCAUGUCACAAGACCAUACAAAACUCAGUUCAGAAAUGAUCAGUAAGAGCAUAAUGGAGCUUGUAAAUCGGGACGCUUCUCUUAAGGUGAAGGUUAUCAUCGCUCAUGUUGCUGAUAAAUACAGGUAUAUCAUAUCCUACAAAAAGGCAUGGAUUGCAAAGUGUAAGGCAAUUGAGUCGCUGUAUGGAAAUUGGGAGACAUCUUACAACGAUCUUUCGUAG